GUCUGAUCCAGUCGCUUUUACGCACAGACCGGACAGUCCGCUUUCCGCGCACGGGCAACCAGACCGAGGGCUCGUCCUGGGCAGAGAGAGGAGCGAGCGGAGGAAGAGAGGAGGAAAAUCGGAAGGAGAGAAGAGGAGGAAAAAAAAAAAGUGAAAGGGACGAGGAGAGAAGACGCACAAGUGUUUUCCCAACUGGAAAGAAAGAGAGGAGGAAAGUGUGUGAAAGGAAGAGAGAGAAGGAGAGAGUGUGUGUGCACCUUCACCACUCUCCGCUUCUUCCACCAUCACCUUCAUGUCGCUCCCCGGCUCCCCUCCGCUCCUCACGCCGGGUUCGGGUGCCCCAACUCCGGUCGCGCUCUACCGCUCGGCCCCCGACGCGCUCCACACCUCCGUCGCCUCCAGCGGCACCUCGAGCCCGCACACCAACUCUAACUCCCACUCACACUCCCACUCCCACUCGCACUCCCUGUCCCCGUCUCCGCGGCUCACCAGCAGCAUGCUCAGCGCUUUCCUGCCCGGACCAGGGGGCGCGUUGGCCGGCUUGGGCAACGGCGGCGCCGCCCCGCUCGUGUCCGGAGGCGGUGCUGCUCUCGGUCCUCUCGGCGGGCUCGGCUCGCUCAGCACGGCCGGCCUGACCCCCGGCUCCCCCGGCUUAGCACAGACCUCGUCCGGCCCGGGUCUGUGCAGCGAGUGCAAGCUGGUGGAGGUGCACGGCGUGAAGGUGGCCAGCUUCAGCGUGGACGGCCAGGAGCUCAUCUGCCUCCCGCAGGUGUUCGACCUCUUCCUGAAGCACCUGGUGGGCGGGCUGCACACCGUCUACACCAAGCUGAAGAGGCUGGACAUCACGCCGGUGGUGUGCACCGUGGAGCAGGUGCGCGUCCUGCGGGGGCUCGGCGCCAUCCAGCCCGGCGUGAACCGCUGCAAGCUCAUCUCCAGGAAGGACUUCGAGACGCUGUACCAGGACUGCACCAGCGCCAGCUCUCGCCCGGGCCGUCCUCCGAAGCGUUGUUCUGGUGCAGGGAUCCAGGAAAGCCCCAGGCUGCUGCACCCGGGCCUUCCCGGCCUGCUGUCCCCCAACCUGCUGUCACACACCGGCCUGACAGCAGCAGCCAUGGCUGAGCUCCAGAAGCUUCAAAAGAUGAAGAUGAUGAUGAGUCUCCAGAAUGGCAAUGAGUCAGACAACGACGACUUACACUCCAACACAGGAGGGAGCGAGUGUUCUUGGGAUAAGGAGCGCCUUACCAGCCCCCUUGCCGGAGCCCACGGUGGAGGACCAGGAGGAGGGGGAGGUGGAGGAGCACCAGUGGGCGCGGCGGGAGGAGCCGGAGGAGGAGCCGGCGCGGCAGCGGGGGGAGGUGGCGGGAGGGGGCCGGCCAUAGGAGCGGUCAAUCAACAGCAACUCCAACAGCAGCAACAGCUACUGGCUAACAGGUUGGACCUGCCCUUCAUGAUGAUGCCCCACCCUCUGCUGCCCAUGGGGUUGCCUCCAGCGUCUGUCGCCAUGGCGAUGUCACAGAUGAACCAUCUCAGCACCAUCGCCAACAUGGCCGCCGCGGCCCAGCAGAUACACACUCAUGUACACCGCGCACCUGUCAUCAAGGAGAGAGUGUGUGACAGUCCCUCUCUCUCUCCGUCUGUUGAUGAGGCCAACACUCCUCUGCAGUCACAGCCCAGCAGCUCGGCCUCCAGCUCGCCCGACAGACUCGGAUUGGUUUCAGCUGAUGCAGAUGUUGCACUGACCAACCCUGCUGCACCCAUCAAGAAAAUAACAAAGGAUAAAGAAGAGUCUUCGCUGGGACAAGCCCUCCCCCCUGGCUUCCCUGCUCCGUUCCUGUUCGCUGACGGUUUAUCGUCAGUGGAGACCCUGCUCACCAACAUACAGGGCCUGUUGAAGGUGGCGGUGGAGAACGCCCGGGCGCAGGAAAAACAGAUCCAGGCGGAGAAGAGAGAGCUGAAGAUGGAGCUCUACAGAGAGAGAGAGAUGAGGGAGAGCCUGGAACGACAGCUCACCUCCGAACUGCAGAGCAGAGCCUCCAUCCAGAAGCGUCUGAAGAAGGAAAAGAAGGCCAAGAGGAAGCUGCAGGAGGCGCUGGAGUUCGAGUCGAAGCGGAGGGAGAGAGUGGAGGAUGCUCUGAAACACUCGUCCUCCCCCUCUCCCGAGCCGCUGCACGCCACCAACAACAACACCAACAACGCCAAGAACGACGCUGCUGUAGCCGAGGAUAAACCUGAACUUAAUGGAAACCAGCAAGACAGCGGCGCUGUACAAGAAUCCCGGCCGUUUCUGAAGACCCCGAUGAUGUUUUAGAGCGAGGGACUCCACCUCCAGAAACCCCGCCUCUCUCCACCUUCCCCCCCUCACCACCAACACCGCACAGAAGAACUCCACCAGCCUAUUUCCACAGCAACCACGGCUUCCACGGCAACGACCUCCCCCGGCGGGAUUCUACCUUUGCUAAAUUGCGACCUUUUUGACGUUGCUAAGAAACAAUGAGACUACUAAGGGACAGACCCCUUAUUUGGACUUAUUUUGGGGUCGUCUCUCUACCGUUUCCUUCUCCUUCUUCUUUUUAGACAAACUCCAUUCAUUCCUCUUUUUCUCUCCCUGCACAGGGAAUUCUCGCAUUCCUCGUUUGUUUCGAAAACUGAAAAGUGAUGAUGAUUCCUGCGCAAAGGCAAAGAAAAAAAAAAGAAGUCACCACGAGG